UGUGACGCACCUGGCGCGCGCGAGCUAGGAGGGAGGACCCGGGCACCUGCCAGCGGAGAAACGAAACUGAGCGCGGCGCGCGCUGGGCGGCAGUCCGCUCUUUCUGCUGCCACCUCCCUCCGCCGCCUUGGGACAUGGUAUUGGCCUAACUGUCCCCCGUUCAUUAAAAAUGAAGAGAAGAGCGGAGCCUGAAUUUAGCAGUCCCCAGAAGAAGCAGAGGAAGAGGAUAGAGGAUCUAGGAUUAACCCUCAGUUCCACUUCAGAUGAUGACGCUCAGUUUAGCAAUCAUGCAACCCAAGAGUCUUCUAGUAGCAGCAGUGGGUCUGACAGCGAGAGUGAUGAGAAGCAUCAAGUCUUCAGCAGUGAGUACAAACCGGAUUCUCUCGUGGAGGGCACCUCUUCCCGCUACUCCAUGUAUAACAGCGUCUCCCAGAGGCUCAUGGCCAAGAUGGGCUUCCGUGAAGGAGAAGGUCUGGGGAAAUAUGGCCAGGGGAGGAAAGACAUUGUUGAGGCCUCCAAUCAGAAGGGAAGGAGAGGCUUUGGGCUGACUCUGAAAGGAUUUGAAGGGGAGCUCAAUAUUGAUUGGCGGGAUGAGCCAGAGGCUGGUGCCUAUGAACAGGUGGACUGGUGCCCUGAAUGCACCACUGAAAUCCCUGAUGCCCAGGAGAUGAAGGAGUGGAUGACUGUGGGGAAGCGGAAGAUGGUGAUUGAAGAUGAGACAGAAUUCUGUAAUGAUGAGCUUCUACAGCAUGUCCUGCAGUGCAAGAGCGUGUUUGAUGAGUUGGAUGGGGAUGAGAUGCGCCGGGCCAGGACAAGGUCCAACCCCUAUGAGAUGAUCCGCGGGGUCUUCUUCCUGAACAGAGCUGCAAUGAAGAUGGCAAAUAUGGACUAUGUCUUUGACAACAUGUUUACAAACCCAAAAGACUCUCAUGGGAAACCCUUGAUAAAAGAACGGGAUGCAGAGCUGCUUUACUUUGCUGAUGUGUGUGCGGGCCCUGGUGGCUUCUCUGAGUACGUUCUGUGGAGGAGGAAGUGGCAUGCAAAAGGCUUCGGCAUGACCUUGAAAGGACCAAAUGACUUUAAGCUGGAGGAUUUCUAUUCUGCCUCCAGCGAGCUCUUUGAGCCUUACUAUGGAGAGGGAGGAAUUGAUGGAGAUGGGGACAUCACCCGCCCAGAGAAUAUCACUGCAUUCCGGAAUUUUGUUUUGGACAACACUGAUCGCAAGGGAGUGCACUUCUUAAUGGCUGAUGGGGGUUUCUCUGUGGAGGGUCAGGAGAACCUACAAGAAAUCCUGAGCAAACAGCUGUUGCUUUGCCAGUUCCUAACAGGACUCUCGAUUGUCCGGACAGGAGGACACUUUGUCUGCAAAACAUUUGACCUGUUUACUCCGUUCACCGUGGGGCUGGUGUAUUUGCUGUACUGCUGCUUUGAGCGAGUGUGUAUCUUUAAACCUGUGACAAGCCGUCCUGCUAAUUCAGAGAGAUAUGUAGUAUGCAAAGGGUUAAAGCUGGGGAUCGAUGAUGUCCGGGAGUACCUCUUCAUGGUGAACAUCAAACUCAACCAGCUCCGCAACUCCAACCUGGAUGUGAAUCUUGUUGUCCCUGUGGAUGUGAUUAAGGGCGACCAAGAAUUCUAUGACUACAUGGUGCAGUCAAAUGAAAAACACUGUAAAGUUCAGAUCAAGGCCCUAGCCAAAAUCCAUGCCUUUGUUCAGGACACGACCCUGUUCGAGCCACGGCAGGCUGAAAUUCGGAAGGAGUGCCUCCGGCUGUGGGGGAUCCCAGAUCAGGCUCGAGUUGCUCCAUCAUCAUCUGAUCCCAAGUCCAAGUUCUUUGAGCUCAUCCAGGGCACAGAAAUUGAUGUCUUCAGUUACAAACCAACACUGCUCACCUCAAAAACUCUGGAGAAGAUCCGUCCCGUGUUUGACUACAGAUGUAUGGUGUCUGGAAGUGAACAAAAGUUCCUGCUAGGGCUGGGGAAGUCCCAAAUCUACACCUGGGACGGUCGCCAGUCGGACCGCUGGACAAAGCUGGACUUGAAAACUGAGCUGCCACGGGACACCCUGCUCUCUGUGGAGAUUGUUCAUGAGCUAAAAGGAGAGGGGAAAGCCCAACGAAAAAUUGGUGCUAUCCACAUCCUGGAUGUCUUGGUGUUGAAUGGCCAUGAUGUCCGAGAGCAGCACUUUAACCAGCGGAUUCAGCUCGCAGAGAAGUUUGUCAAAGCUGUUUCUAAACCUAGCCGGCCAGAUAUGAACCCCAUUCGUGUGAAGGAAGUGUACAGACUAGAGGAGAUGGAGAAGAUUUUUGUAAGGUUAGAGAUGAAGAUUAUCAAGAGUUCGGGUGGGAUACCACGGCUGUCCUACACUGGCCGGGACGACAGGCACUUUGUACCCACAGGACUCUACAUUGUUAGGACUGUGAAUGAUCCUUGGACAAUGGCGUAUAGCAAGAACUCCAAGAGAAAAUUUUUCUUUAACAAGAUGACCAAGGACUCCACAUAUGACCUCCCUCCUGAAUCCAUUGCACCAUUUCACAUCUGCCAUUACAGCCGUCUCUUCUGGGAGUGGGGGGAAGGUGUCAAAGUGCAUGACUCGCAGAAGAGGCAAGACGCAGAGAAGCUGUCGAAGGAAGAUGUCCUGUCCUUCAUCCAGGCACACUGCCCCUGACCCCCCCCACCCCAGAGCCCAGCCCAGCCUGGACUCUUCAGGGACUGACUAGACUGGAGAGACUCUGAGACAGGAGGAGGGAGUCUUCAAUCCAGGAGCAGUGGGUCUUCCAUGGAGAAGAGAACUGACUUGCUGGCAGUCCCAGGAGUUGGGUAUUUGGGAAUUCAGAAGAUGCAGAACAAGGCUUCAGCUAUGAGACCAGUGUAUAUAGGUGUCUGGCCCAUGCAGCACCAGUUCUGAAUACCCUAGAGGAAGAGCUGAGUUCAGCUGCUCUUCUCUUCUGACCCAUUGCAUGCAUGAGGCUGAGGUGCAGGAAGCUCUCCCCAUUCCUGCUCAGACUUACAGCCAGGCUUGUGGCCCUGUGUAUGGCAGAGCAAUUUGGAGACUGCAUCUGGCUCUCUGGCAGCACAGAGGAAAUGGCAGGAUUAUGCCAGGGCUGCAGGAGAGGUGUGAUCCAGAGAGAGGUGACAUAGAAAUAGCCCUGCAGUGAUCCCAGCAACCAUCUCUGUCUCCUUUGGCCUGGCAGGCCUACGCCACACACUGGGGUGUCUCAUUGGGGAAUACUGGCUCUUGGGACAUGAGGGCUGUCUCCUGUCAGUGGCUACAGCAGUUCAAUUUUGGAGGUGCUGGGCCAGUUGCCAGGGGUGUCUCUGUGAUAGGUGGGGGGAGCUCCAUGGCACAAAUGGCUUUGGUGUGUUCGGUGCCAGCUGUGGCACUGAGACAGCAUGAGUUAAGCUGAUUCUGCAGGGGGAACUUCCUCGUACCAUCAGAAGCUGUCACCCCAAAGAAUUCCCUCUAGAUCAGUAAGUAACCACAGCCUAACCUUCCAGGUGCAAGUUCAUGAAAAAUGCCACAAGACCCUGCUGAGAUGAAGGUGGUUUUGUUGUUUGUUAGUGCUCAGAGUCAUUGCCUGGGGCUCCUGGCAAAGCGAAUGAGGGAAGAAUGGGGUUUUUCAAAGGAAAUUCAGGACAUGCCUGGCUUGUUAAAAAGGUCCCAGAGCAUUGAGAGAAUUUGAUUUUGCCUGGAGUGGAUAGUCAAGAGAGCUCCUAUUGCCCAACUAGGCCAGUUGUAGUGAAAACCAGAGCUUUUCUUUUUUAAACCUCCAGAUAGGCUUUCAGAACUCCAACGUCUGGUGCAGACCUGGGGUCCCAUCUGGAAUGAAUGCACAAAACCACAACUCUCAGAUGACAAGACAGGAUCAUGCAUGUUUCAGUGAGCAGAAACAGCAGUCUGUUUCUGGGCUGGGCUCCCAAAUGUCAUGUAGGCCAUGCUGUCGCAAAGAGCAGGGCUGACCCAUGUUGCAUGUUUUAACUUUGGGCUUCUGCACCACCUUUGGCCAGGUGUUCCACAGAGGACAGAAGCCUCCACACAAGCUGGCUGCACCAGCCAUGUGGCAAAGUCACUGUAUUUUUUUUUUUAAUUAUUAUUUUUAACAGAUUGGACUAGGAUUGCCUCAACUGUGCCUUACAGAACGCUGUGGGUCUCCUAGGAGCUAGAAGCAACCAAGCAACCAUUUAGAUUCUGACCUCCUGUCCUCUUCUCUUGCCAGUGAAAGAUUUGGAUGAAGACUAGGUCAGGCACACACAUGAGCUUGUGGGGGAAAUUCACCCCAGGCAGAGGUCAGGAAGAGGCUUAAGCGUUAAGUCCCUCAUGCCAUCAGCAUAAGUAAUGAACAGACCUUGUGCUGUUUUUUCUGUACAGAGGGGAUUUCACCCCAAAGCUGUGCCAGUACAGCACCAUGCAGUGCCAUGUAGAGAUACCCAGGUAGGCGCUGAAAGUGUUAGUUCAUGUACCAGAAGCAGUACUUGCAUGGCUGAUUUGCCCGUGCGGUUAACCUAGCUGUACUUCUUCUGGUCUCGGGUAUCUCUGCAGCAUUGUCUAAACAGAGCCUAAGUAAAUCAGUUUAAUAUCCAAGCUUGCAGCCCUUCCUGUAUCUAUACAAUUGGUUUGUAUUCAAGCAUCCAUUUGGUCAUCCCCUCAUUGCUUGUACUUGAGUUUAAUCACUGCUGGCUUUGUUACUCUUACUUUGUAACAUUGAUCUGUGUUCAGACUUGCUUGCUGUAGACUGGUGACUCUACACAGCUUUCUCAGCCUGGGGUUAAUGCUGACCUUUGGCCAUCACGGCACAGAGACUGGAGAAAGCUGAAGUGUCAGUCAGCUGUAGAAAUGAUCAGAGCCCAUGUUAUUCUUGGGUGCUUCCUGCAGAGAAACCUUCUGCCCUCACACAGGCAGAUGUUGCCUCCCUUCCAAGCUUCAGGGGAGCACGGUGGGUUGGGGAUGGGGUGGCCUUUCCAUGAAAGCCAACUACACUCUUCCUCUCUGGCCACCAGCAAGCCCAGAUCAUGGAUACAUCUUCCAAAGCAUACAUGGGGCCACAUAGUACCCUGAUGUGGCAGAGCUUAGCUUUGGUAUAUUGUGGGACACAGUAACAGGGCUCCAAUUCUUGACCCAGCAUUUACGUUACUGGUCAUUUUAGUUUUAAUGAAGGUGUUUCCACAGUACACAGCAAAGAGACUGCAGGUGGGAGACAUAGCAUCUUAAGCUGUGUCACUUUUUACAGCCUUUGUGCUUCUGGCUUUUUAAACUCUUCAUUUGUUGUUUGGUGCUUCUAACAAAUGCCCUGAGGUUGACAUAAUGCCAGCAGGCCAGUUUGUCAGAAGCCAUUCCCUUUCCCAUGGUGUUUCAUUGCAAUACACGUCUUCUGCACCCUCAGGGGCCUGGCUCCCCCACACAGGGCCUUGGCCUUCCUGUAUGGGUGGGUAUGGAGCGUAUCACGGCAGUACACUGUGUACAGUGCAGCUCUCCAGUGUAAGUAAAGCAAUGAAGGAAAUGCACUUGCCUGCAGGCUGGUUUUACAGAUGCUUCCUGAUUUCCCUUGUGCCCCAGCCUCCUUCUGCUUUUAUCGCCUGGUUUGUUUGUUUUUUAAUUUCGUUUUAUUUUUUUGGAUGCACUGAAACAGCUCCCAACCCCUUGUGGGAGGGCAGGUCAGCACAUUUCUAUAGGGCAAACAUGGAAGGAGUGCUGUUGGGGAAAGGUGUUAUAUCACUUGUCAUCUCCAAGUCCAGACACUCCCAUUCCUAUUCCUCAUCUUAGCCUGGGAGGUCAGGGUUAUGCUUCAAAAUGCCUUGAAGGAACUGUUCUGUUCAAAAGCCAGGACUUCUGAUGGAUCAGACUUCUGCAUGCCCAUUAUUGGUGUGUUACAGCAGCUCAGCCCUAGUAUGGGUAAGGGAGGGGCUUCAUCUCAUACAAAUGACUCUGCAUCAAAGGGGCUAGUAGAAACCUUGGCUUUGGUGAAAGUGGUCUGAGCUAUCCUCCCACUGGCUCCAGGGCACAAGGACAAGUGCCUCAUUGAAGAGAAUGUGUAUGUGUGUUAAUUGCACAUUGUAUCAGGCUCUAUAUCACUGUGUUGAUUUCUCUGCUUUAGUUGUCUCAGUAUUACCAAUACAGCCCUUCAGUUCACAAA